AUGGCCGAGCCGCCGCGCACGCCCCCAGGUUCGACUCGGUGGCAGCCACUGCCCCCUUGUGGCCAGUGCCGUUCAGUGAGGCGCAUGGCUAUUGCACUAAGAAAGACGGGAUGCCGGGAGGUGCGCUGUAAACUGACGGAGAAGCUCCCUGACAUCUUCUACCCACUGGAGGCUUUUGGUCAAAAAAGAGAGGAGAGUGACAAGAGCAAAGUAAGAAAGGCGCUGCGUUUCACCAAUUAA